AUGCACCCGCGGAACAAGCACCGCGAGUAUCUGGACUACCGGGAUCUGGCGGCUCGGCAGGUGGGCUUGAGGCGCUUCGUCUUCGAAAAUGCCUGGGGCGGGGCUUCGAUCGACUACUCGAACCGCGAGGCCCUUGAAGAGUUGACCAGGAGCCUGCUUGCAGAGUUCUACAGCAUUCAGAGCUGGACGCUGCCGAGGGGAUACCUUUGCCCCCCUGUGCCCCAGCGUGCCGAUUACAUCCACACGGUCGCAGACUUGCUGAACGCUUCCCUGGCCGCGGGCACGGGGGAUGACGGAGACGCCAGGCAAGCUACUGAGGCGACUGGACCAGGCAUCCUGGGUCUGGAUAUUGGCACCGGGGCGAGCUGUAUCUACUCCCUGCUGGGGCUGCGAGAGUAUGGUUGGAGCUUCAUUGCCAGCGACGUGGAUGAGGCCGCGCUGAAGAACGCCGAAGCCGUGCUGGCAGCAAAUGGCCUCUCCCGACAGGUUUGCCUCCGAAGACAGGAGGACCCCAGGCGCAUCUUGCGGGGAGUACUUCGCCGAGGGGAGUCGAUCGCCUUCACCAUCUGCAACCCGCCUUUUCACGAGACGCUGGACCACGCGCACAAAGCUGCAACGACCAAGUGGAGGCGACUCAGCAAAGGCAGGCAGGUGUCGGACGCGAAGAAUUACCAGGGUCAGGAAGUGGAACUGUGCUGCGAGGGUGGCGAGGUGGGCUUUGUCUUGCGUUUGGUGGAAGAGAGCGCGCGGCCGCGAUUCCAGCUGGCAUGCCUUUGGUACUCCAGUCUACUUUCCAGGCAGUCGUCCAUGAAGCCGAUACACCAGCGACUGGGCGAGCUCGGCGCCAAGCGGCGCCGGUUUGAGAUCUGCCAGGGAAGGAACGUAAAGUGGGUCAUCGCCUGGAGCUUCUACUCAAAGCACGAGCGAGCGGCAAAGCUACUGGAGAUGCUGGAAGCCGGUGGCAAAGCGGGCGCAACGGGCACCAAGCGAACGCGUGAAGCCGCCUCUGAAGCUGCAGACACGCUUGUCAGCGAGACUGCGUGCGCAAAGCGUUCGAGUGUUCAAGGACGAAAACUGGAUGAGCUGCAUGUGGGCUUGGGUGAACUCUCCCAUGCGGGAGUAGUCAGACAGAACAGCACCAAACCUUCGGUUCCUUCCGUGAAUCGAUAA